AUGAAACUCAUCAUAAUAUCUGCACUAAUUAUUUUGUUACUGUUAAAUGUAACUGCUGAGUUAAUUUAUUUGACCAGUGAUAACUUCCAAGAUACUUUCAUUUUACGAUCCCAAGCUAGUCAAAAGGAACUAUUUACUGAAAGUGUGAAGUUAUGGAAGUCAAUCACAGAACUUUGGAGGAGAUUUCAAUUCAAGUGUCGAGAGAAAAUUCAAAAAUAUCUUGAAGAAGAUAAGUUAGGUGAAAAAUUAGCCGCUGUUGUAAGCAUCUAUGUUAAGCGUUUAAACAAGCGUUUGGAUAUGCGUUUAUCAGAAGACAGAGCAGAAUAA